AUGCUGACGGGGCGAGAGGGUCACAACGCUGCUGCAGUGAACGGACUGUGGUACUACUGGAGAGUCAAGGGCGGCAGGCUGGCAUUUCAGCGGCAGAUCGUGCUCCCCAGUGCGGAAGAGGACGGCGAUGAUGGUCCAUCUCCACAGCUUCUUCGUCUCUUCCUGUACUACGUUCCUCCGACGGAUGCCUUCGUCAUCAGCGACUCUUGCGAUGCAACAGUCGGCUCGAUUAUGGCUGAUUGCGGGCCGAUCGGCGAAGGCAUGGACCUGGAGCAGAACUGGCGUGUGUGGGAUGGAGGUGGCUGGAAAGAGGACCGCAACGUGGAGGCUGAGAUCCGCGUCCCC